AUGCGAUUGCGCGGUCGCAAACUUUCUGAUAGCAGUAGCAGCGAUUUCCUAUUCCAAGAUGCUGAUUUUCCAUUGAAACUGUUCGUCCCAAUCAUCACGAUUUAUUUAGCUAUUUGCUCAUUAAUUGUUAUUGCAAUUGAUCAUUCGAGUAAACCAUAUACAAGGAUGUCGUUUGGCGAUGCAUUCUACUUCUCAAUACUCGGAGAUAAGCUCAUAACAGUUGAUCAGCUGAUUAGUUACAUGACAAUGGCAACGAUUGGAUUGGGUGAUGUGAUGCCGACAAAUGUGGAGCAUAAUCCGCUGAUUGCGCUAACAUUUCCCUUGCUGGCGAUUGCACUGCCUGUCUUUGAGGAUAAUGUUAUACAGCGAGAUCAUAUAUUCCAAAUUGAUGACGAGAAUGCGUACAUUCCGGAUGGUGGGAGAACACGAAGCGCCACAAUGGCCAGUAUAUAUGGUGCUACACUUGGCAUCUUCUCUUGUGACUUCGAUUCCAAUCACGAGGGUAGUUCACAGAUGCAGCCAGGAAUGCCAGUGAUCUUGGAAUCAAAGACCGAUGAUUCCCUAAGACGAGGUGAGUUCCACGUCAAACUUAUUCUUAGUGCCAAUUUGGGGCAGAAAACGAAAAUCAAUGCUGUGAAUUCCGAUAAAGAUCUGAAUCGGUCAAUUCGGCGAAAGCUGCUUCGUCAGAAGUCUGUACAGUAUCCUGCACAGCAACCUGUGAGGCGGAUUCGAACAGUGAGCCAACCGAUUGUGGAACGGAUUCGAACAAUAAGCGAAGACAUCCCUAUCUAG